AUGAUUUUGAUUUGUAUACCAAUUUUUCUACUUUCUCUUGCUUUUAUAUGGCUAUGGGGAACCAACAAAAAUACAAAUAAACUUCCACCAGGUCCAAAAGGGUUGCCAAUUUUAGGCAGCCUUCUCGAAUUAGGACCAAACCCACAUCGUGAUCUUCACCAGUUAUCCCAAAAAUAUGGACCUAUCAUGCACUUAAGGUUAGGUUUAGUACCAACCAUAGUUGUUUCUUCACCUCAAGCAGCUGAACUUUUUCUCAAAACUCAUGAUCUUGUCUUUGCUAGUAGACCACAAAGUGAGGCAGUGAAACACAUCUUUUGGGAACAGAAGAGUUUGAGUUUUGCUGAAUAUGGUAUUUAUUGGCGCAACAUUAGAAAAAUGUGCACUUCAGAAUUGUUGAGCCAUGCAAAAAUAAACUCUUUUAGACCCGUGAGAGAACAAGAGCUUGACCUAUUGAUUACGUUUUUGAGAGAAGAAUCCAUUGAUGGAACAAAAUUUGACUUAAGUGCUAAAAUUUCUUCACUCAUAACUGAUAUAAAUUGUAGAAUGAUUUUGGGAAAAAAGUACAUGGAUAAGGAUUUUAAUGAGAAAGGGUUUAAGGCUGUGAUGCAAGAAGGAAUGCAAUUAUCAGGUACUCCCAAUAUUGGUGAUUAUAUUCCUUACAUUGGAAAACUUGAUUUACAAAGGCUAACUAAACGUAUGAAGGGAGUUGGAAAAAUCUUUGAUGAUUUUUUUGAGAAAAUAAUUGAUGAGCAUAUUCAAUUUGGCAAUAAAGAUGAUAAGACUACGGAUUUUGUAGAUGUUAUGUUGGGCUUUGUUGGUGUUCAAGAAUCUGAAUACCGAAUUGAACGAUCUAAUAUCAAAGCCAUUUUGCUGGAUAUGCUAGCAGCUUCAACGGAUACUACCGCAACAACAAUUGAGUGGACAAUUUCAGAGAUAUUAAAGAAUCCAAGAGUGAUGGAAAAGGUGCAAACUGAGUUAAAAACCAUAGUGGGUAUGAUGAGGAAAGUGGAAGAAUCAGAUUUGGACAAGUUGGAAUAUUUGGACAUGGUUAUAAAAGAAAGCUUUAGGCUCCAUCCACCAGGACCCCUAUUAAUACCACACCAAUCUAUAGAAGAUUGCAUGGUUGGAGAGUUUUUCAUACCUAAAAAAUCAAGGAUCAUUGUGAAUGCAUGGUCAAUUAUGCGAGACCCGAAUGCUUGGAACGACGCAGAGAAAUUUUGGCCUGAGAGAUUUGAAGGAAGCAACAUAGAUGUUAAAGGGCGUGAUUAUCAUCUCAUACCAUUUGGUUCUGGUAGAAGGGGUUGUCCUGGAUUGAACUUGGCUAUGACUGUGGUUCGUUUGGUAGUAGCCCAACUUGUGCAUUGUUUUGAUAUGAAAUUGCCUAAUAAUGUGUUAUUAAGUGAUUUGGACAUGACAGAAGAGUUUGGCCUUACGGUGCCUAGAUCCAAUCAUCUAAUUGUCAUCCCUACUUAUCGUCUUUGUAAUGUUAGCAAUUAG